AUGAACGUACCACGGCGAAGCACAGUCUACGAUUUGGCGAGUCUCCGUCUCCAUACGGACGGCUCUCGGGUGUACCAAAGCUCAUCUACCAAUCUCAAGCCGCGGAAUGCAAAGCUUGCUUUACGCGACAUUCGUGGAAAUUGGAUUGCAAGGGAUGCUGGUGGGACCGCAAAGGUUCCUAGGUGGAAAAUUGUUCCUACUUCAGCUACAGAGGACGGUUCUGUAGAACUAGAAGAGUUGUCGCAAUCAAACUUUGUUGAAGCCGCCCUGGAAGAGCGAGACAAGCAAGGUGACGAAGAAGAUGAGGACGGCGACGAACUGAACGUCCUCAAGCGUAAGCCAAAAAGGAUCGAUAGGCGCACGGCUAAGCGGAGAAAAUUCGCUCAUGACCAUAGCUAUCUUGGUGAAACGGCAGCGGAUGCCAAUUUCUCUGGAGAAUCGCGUUUUCUGCCCCUUCCAUCAUCGGAUCUUUUAAAAUCUAUUCAUUACUUCGCUGCGAACUAUUACAGCGAGAGGGGCCAACUACUGAACAUCUCACGCGAAUACCGAGCGAAACGGAAAGCAAAAAGGCUCGCAAAACGUGCAGAGAGACAGGCAGCAAAAGGGCGAGGCAGCGUAGAGAAUACGGCAUCUAGAAGCUCAAGCCUGCAGCAAUCACAGACACCCAGUAAUGGGUCCGAUGAUGAAGACGACUUUGAUUCGGAAGAUGAGGAUGGAGAGGAGAACGAGGACAAAGAUGACAGUGAGGAGGAUGAGGAAUAUAAAGAAACAUCGAAGAAAGGGAAAAAACUAUCAAAACGGGACCAGGGUUCACGAUUCAGAGACAUGUACAAAGUUUUCGACGGAUCCGCUCUCAUGGCCAUUGGAAUGAUAGUGCAGGAACAUGUCACACGGCUGCUGGAAGCCAGGGUACCCGAUGGCUGGGAAGACAGUGUGAGGACUGCAUUCCCAAAUGGAGUCUGGGAUGAUGAUCAGGAGGAAAGCGAAGAUGAAACCUGGUUGAGGGAUGUAAAGAUCAAAGGUGCUGGAAUCAUCAAUGAUGAUGAUGGGGAAGUAGGGGAAGGGGAUAACGAGGAGGAGCAGGAUGAGGAGGGUGACAAUGAGGACGAGGAGGAGGACAACGAGGAAGACGGAGAGGGAGAGGAGGAGGGGGAGGACGAAGAGGAAGGGCAUAACAUUGUCAAGGAAAACUAUGAGCAAGACGAGGAAGCUAAAACGGAGGACGAUGAGAACCAGACGCCGGGCGGGGAUGACAGUGAGGGAUCUCACGUGAUGACCACGAGGAGGAUGACGGCUAGGAAAGCAAAGAAACCAUAG